AUUUCACAAUUUUCACGAAACCACUCCGUGACAGAAGGACAUUUCACGGUGAUUUUUGAUAAUAUCACCGGUCUCGUUGAUCUGGGACUUUCGUUGAGCCAGAUGCAUCAGCUAAUUACGUCAACCAUACGAUCAGAAGGCAUCAUACAGCCUAUGAUUCAUCUGGUUAUCGGCUGUCAUGCAGGUCAAGUUUUCGAGGACUCUUGGGCAUCUGAGUCUGAGCCCAGUUUUGCCCACUGGAUCGAAAUGCUCAAAGCAAAAGCGGAUUGGACGCUCGAAUUACGACGACUAACGACUGGUUACACGGUUUCGAUUGACGGAGAGCUAUCGGUUCGGCGUGCCUUCAGCUCCAUAGAUCCGCAGCGCAAUCCAGAUAUGAUUCGAACGUUUCAUUACGUAUGUGAUAACCGUCGCGUCUUGUGCUAUCCACCGGGAACUUCAAAACUUAUCACUUGA